AUGGCCGCAGAAGUAGCAGAACAGCCUUCCCUCAGCAAGGUCGACUCCGCCGUCGAUGACGAAGCUCCAGCCUCACCAGCCGACAGCAAGGUCAAGCACCGAAGAACCAGCAGUACCGUCACUGGUGUCUUCAAGAUCGAAGACCUUGAGAAGGAAGGCGUAGAGCUCAAGAUCGCCCCAGAGACCCAGAAGCUCAACUGGAAGGUGAACACUUCACCAGCGACCGUAGACGACAAGGAUGUCCUCAAGAAACUCCUGACCACCCCACCCAUCAAGAAGAUUGACCUACACUGGCCCUUGGGCCUCGAGGUGACAGCCCGCAACCUCAAGGGCGUCACAAUCAAGGACGCACUGGAUGCGAUCUACAAGCAGUACAAGAAGAAGGCCGAUGAUGAAAUAAGCGACCCCUACCUCGCAGGUUUCGAGUGGGACAAGGAAGAGUGCUACACACGAUUCGUCGUGCACCAGAAGAAGAACGGCGAGGCACCAUCCGGUGGCGGCGGCAAGAAGAAGAAGGGCAAGAGCGAGGAUGCAUGA